AUGGCCAGUACGUCAUCUACACAAUCUAUAACCAUCGCCGCUGCUGACACCGGACACAGAAUCAAAGAACUCGUCUCAGCACAACCAGGCGAAGAAGGCGCACAAGAACGGGUAUGCACGAAAACCUCCCAAAUGCGACUGCGACGCGGGGUGCAAAGAGAAUGCAUACGAAAACAGAGGAGAAUGGCAAAGAUGAUCAGGGCUGACAUCGGAUGGAUAAUAGUAUCAAGAAGCCAAAGACGCACAGAUACCCGUCGCUCAAGGGAACCGACCCUAAGUUCAGGAGAAACCACAGACAUGCGCUCCACGGCACCAUGAAGGCUCUGGUACGUACACCGCCUAUCUUUCCAGUAGGAGUAGCGGCGAUGCUGACAACUGCAACAGAAGGAGGUCAAGGAAGGCAAGCGUGAUGCUGCUUAA